CGGAGACGAAACAAGCAACUCGAUUGUAGACGCGUGCGCGCGCUUCUUCAGAUGUUCGUAUUUGCACGCGUGCAGUUGCCGCGUGCAGUAGCUCGCAGUUUCGACACAGGCGGUUCGUUGUGUUUCUUUCAUGUUUCGAAAGUGCCUCUAUUUCGCGUCGAUCGCUGUUCGUUUCAAGGGGAAUUUUCCGAUUUUCUCUGUAAACUCUAAUUGUUAUUUAUUCAUAUAUAUUUAUGCGAAUUCAUACUUUUCACGUACGCAGUUCAAGAAGUAGAAUCCAAACAGACGAAUGAUGAUGUACAAGCAGGCCGAGUUCACGGACGAGGAGAACAGCAGCAUCGGCUCUGUCGCUCUGAACAGCGAGGGUAUCAGUACUUCGGCGACGCACAUCAGAUACAAUUCGGGAUUCUCGCUGUGGAGAGCCAGAAGUCCACUGGAGAGAUGUCUCUUCAUCAUUUGCGCGGUACUUUCGUUGAUGGUCGUGAUGCUAUCCAUAAUCAAGAAUCAAAUACUUCAUGUCACUUCGCACGGAGAAAAUGGUACAGCCUGUUUAACCGAACAUUGUGUCACAGUAGGCGCUUCUAUUAUAAAUAGCAUAGAUCCUUCAAUCGAUCCAUGUGACGAUUUUUAUGAAUAUGCGUGUGGUGGUUGGAUCAAGAAGAACCCCAUACCAGAGGGAAGCAGUAUGUGGGGAACGUUUGAUAAAUUCGAGCAAAACAAUCAGCUGGUCAUAAAGAAUGUUCUUGGGAAACCGUUCGAAGAAAUGAAAUCGAAGGCCGAGAAGAAAGCAAAAUACUACUUUCUCUCCUGUAUGGACGCAAACGAUACAAUCGAAACACUUGGCGCGAAACCGAUGCUGGAUUUGCUGGAUUCUAUCGGUGGCUGGAACAUCUCUGGGAAAUUCAAUGUUAGCCAGUGGUCCUUGCAGAAUACUAUGCACAUUCUGCAAAAUGUUUAUAACAUGGAUGGUUUAUUUGUUUGGGCGGUGAACGAAGAUGAUCGGAAUAGCAGCAGGCACAUUAUACAAAUCGAUCAAGGAGGUUUAACGCUACCAACCACCGACAAUUACCUAAACGUCACUGAACAUAGUAAAGUGUUGGCUGCUUACUUGGAAUACAUGACGAAGAUAGGCGUGCUGCUAGGCGGAGAGAAAAAUUCGACGAGGAAACAGAUGGACGACGUGAUAAAGUUCGAAACGGAGUUGGCACGUAUUAUGACACCACUGGAGGAUCGCCGGGACAAAGAGAAGCUUUACAAUUUGAUGUCUUUGAAGGAAUUGCAGCGUAAAACGCCUUUCAUAUCCUGGUUGGACUAUUUUCAAAAUGCAACGGGACUCGUUAACAUAAAGAUGACUAACGAAACGAUGAUCGUGAACAAUGCUCCAGAAUAUUUCGUCAAAUUGUCCAAGCUGGUAUUAGACUACAAUAAAACGAACGAUAAGAAAGUGAUACUGAAUAAUUAUCUGGUUUGGCAAACCGUGAGAACUCUAACCGCCUGCCUGUCGAAACCGUUUCGCGACGCUUACAAGGGCCUGAGGAAAGCUUUGAUCGGUUCGGAGGGCCGCGAGGAGCAAUGGCGUUACUGCGUCAGCGAUACGCAUAACGCGAUGGGUUUUGCAAUUGGUGCGAUGUUCGUUAGAGAAGUUUUCCAUGGAAAGAGCAAACCCAUGGCGGAGAAGAUGAUCGAUCAGGUGCGGAAAGCUUUCACCAAGAACUUGAAGAAUCUCGAUUGGAUGGACGCGGAGACGAGGAGGGCAGCCGAGGAGAAAGCAAAUGCGAUCACCGAUAUGGUCGGGUUCCCGAACUUCAUCUUGAAACCGAACGAACUCGACGAACGUUACAAUGAUCUGAUAAUAAAGAAGAAUGAGUAUUUUCAAAACAACAUACGGGUGAAUAAGUAUAAUCUGCGAAAAAAUUUAGAGAAGCUCGAUCAGCCUGUGAAUAAAACUACUUGGAUAAUGACGCCUCCCACAGUGAACGCUUAUUACUGGCCUACGAAAAAUCAGAUGGUUUUUCCUGCUGGUAUCCUACAGAGUCCGUUCUAUGAUAUAGAGAAUCCUAAUAGUUUGAAUUUUGGUGGUAUAGGCGUUGUCAUGGGACAUGAAUUGACUCACGCAUUCGACGACCAAGGAAGAGAAUACGAUUUGCAUGGGAACUUGAACCAAUGGUGGAAUAAUGCUACGAUAGAGAGAUUUAAGAACAGAACCGAGUGUUUCGUUGAACAGUACAGUAAUUUUGGAAUACACGGUCGACACGUGAAUGGACGGCAAACUUUGGGAGAGAAUAUUGCUGAUAAUGGUGGUCUCAAAGCAGCGUUUCAUGCCUAUCUUUCAACGCCGAAAAGCUACAAGGAUCAACUACCUCUACCUGGUCUUAAUUUGACACAUCAACAAUUAUUCUUCCUAAAUUUCGCCCAGGUUUGGUGUUCCUCUGUAAUGCCCGAGGCGAUAGCUCUCCAAAUCAAGAAAGAUUCCCAUUGUCCGCCAAAAUAUAGAGUGAUAGGGUCACUCUCAAAUCUACCGGAGUUUGCAACUGAGUUCAACUGUCCCGAAGGUUCGCGAAUGAACCCGGUUCGCAAAUGUGAAGUGUGGUAAUGCGUGCUUGUCUGUGUGGAACUUGUAUGAAUUUCAUUGCCGGUAUAUAUUACGAACGAGUCAUUGCAAAAGAUUCAGAUCGCUUCGCGCCUCUAUCUCCAGAGCAACGGGCGUCUCUGUUUCCGAUCUUUUCACUUUUAUUUGACCGUCGCGUGUAGAGAAAGUAACGUAAACGAGAAGAAGCAAACUCGCUGCUAGCGAUUUGCUAGCGUGAUCUCUUACAAACGAUCGUAUACGCACAUGGAUUACAUGAAGCGAGAAGAGUAUCCCACGAAUGAAAGAGAACGUCGAAGAGGUAGAAGCGACGAAUUCCGUUGCGACCAUGUGAUCUUAUCCAGUGUGAAAGGUUUAAACGUCCAUUAUUCAGAGGCAUCAGAAUCAAUCAGAAGAAUUGAAUCUGCGCGAGUUCUUCAAAUGUGUGUUUCAGCGAACGUCGAACGAGUUGUAUGCAAUUUCAAUAGGAUCCAUCCGGUCACUUUUGAGAUUUCGUAUCAAUUCGGAUCAAAUCAAAUAUCGAUCGAAGGUCGGCUUAUGCGCGUUCAGUGUAUCGAUUUUUUUUUUUUCUCGUUUAAAAUAAUCGAUAAGGCCAGUUCUCUGAAGCCGGACCACGGAUCUCCUUACAUCAUAUAUAUAUAUAUAUA